GCCGCCAUUUUGGAGCGACCUGAGCGCCGCUCGCGGCCCCAGCUGGUCCCGAGGCGCCGGCCGGCCCGCGCAGUGUUCGUGGGCGCCGUGUCCGUAGGCGCCGCGCCGGACCGGGCCCAUGUGCGUGCGGCCCUCCCCAGGCCGCCCGGGCUUCGCCUCCGCCAGCGCCCUGGCCUCCACCCGGGCCUCCGAGGAGCCGCCGCGACGCCCGGCCCGCGGGGCAGGUGAAGAGAUUAUAAAUCUGCUGAAUGAAAAUUUUUUUCUUAAAAUUGCAUAUACUCCAAGAAAAACCCCCAAAUGUUUUUAUGUUUUGCCUGAAUACAAAAUUUAAACAAGAAGUUUCCACAGAAGCUCUGUGGCCGUCACCAUGUUCUGGAAGUUUGACUUGAACACCACAUCCCACGUCGACAAGCUGCUGGAUAAGGAGGACGUGACGCUGCGGGAGCUGAUGGAUGAGGAUGACAUCUUGCAGGAGUGCAAGGCUCAGAACCGGAAGCUGCUGGACUUCCUGUGUCGGCCGCAGUGCAUGGAGGAGCUGGUGAGCCUCGUCACCCAGGAGCCGCCCCUGGACAUGGAGGAGAAGGUCCGCUUCAAGUACCCGAACACGGCCUGCGAGCUGCUGACGUGCGACGUGCCGCAGAUCAACGACCGCCUGGGGGGCGACGAGGCUCUGCUGGGCCUUCUGUACGACUUCCUGGACCAGGAGCCGCCCCUCAAUCCCCUGCUCGCCAGUUUUUUCAGCAAGACCAUCGGCAAUCUCAUCGCAAGGAAGACGGAGCAGGUGAUUGUGUUCCUAAAGAAGAAAGACACGUUCAUCAGCCUGGUCCUGAAGCACCUCGGCACCUCGGCCCUCAUGGACCUGCUGCUGCGCCUGGUCAGCUGCGUGGAGCCCGCUGGGCUGCGGCAGGAAGUGCUGCGGUGGCUCAACGAAGAGAAGAUCAUCCAGAGGCUGGUGGAGCUGAUCCACCCGGGUGAGGAUGAAGAUCGGCAGUCCAACGCUUCUCAGACUCUCUGCGACAUCGUCCGGCUGGGCAGGGAGCAGGGCGGGCAGCUGCCGGAGGCCCCGGAGCCGGACCCCCUCCUCUCAGUGCUGGAGUCGCAGGACUGCGUGGAGCAGCUUCUGAGGAACAUGUUUGAUGGAGACCAGACCGAGAGCUGCCUCGUCAGUGGGACUCAGGUGUUGCUGGCCUUGCUGGAGGCGCGGCGGGCUGGGACAGAGGGCCUGGUGGACUCCUUUUCUCAGGGACUGGAGAGGCCGUGCGCCGUCAGCAGCGGCGUCCUGCACGGCAUCGAGCCGCGGCUGAAGGACUUCCACCAGCUCCUGCUCCACCCGCCCAAGAGAAGAGCGGUCCUGACCACCAUCGGUGUGCUGGAGGAGCCGCUGGGCAACGCCCGCCUGCAGGGCGCCCGCCUCGUGGCCGCCCUGCUGCACACCGACACGCCCAGCAUCAACCGGGAGCUCUGCCGGCUCAGCACCCUGGGCUUGCUGCUGGACCUGUUUUUCAAGUACACCUGGAAUAACUUCCUGCACUUCCAAGUGGAACUGUGCAUAGCUGCGAUCCUCUCCCACGCUGUCCGGGAGGACAGGGCCGAAGCCGGGGGGCCCGAGAGCAGGGUGGAGCCUCCGCCUGGGAAUGGGGGCUCAGGUGCCGCCCAGGCUGCUGCUGGCCACCCCGAGAACACCAUGGUGACCCACCUGUUCCAGCAGUGCCGCCUGGUCCAGAGGAUCCUGGAGGCCUGGGAGGCCAACGACCACGCGCAGGCGGCCGGGGGCAUGCGGCGUGGGAACAUGGGCCACCUCACCCGGAUCGCCAACGCCGUGGUGCGGAACCUGGAGAGGGGCCCCGUGCCGACCCCAGUCGGCGAGGUCAUCCGAGGGCUCCCUGCGGAGUGCCGUGGGCGCUGGGAGAGCUUCGUGGAGGAGACGCUGACAGAGACCAACCGCAGGAACGCUGUGGACCUGGUGAGCACCCACCACCUCCACCCCUCGAGUGAAGAUGAGGACAUGGAGGGCGUGUUCCCCAACGAGCUGUCCCUCCAGCAGGCUUUCUCCGAGUACCAGGUCCAGCAGAUGACGGCCACCUUCGUGGACCAGUUUGGCUUCAAUGACGAGGAGUUUGCAGACCAGGACGACAGUGUCAACGCUCCGUUCGACAGGAUUGCGGAGAUAAACUUCAGCAUUGAUGCCGACGAGGACAGCCCGAGCGCGGCUCUGUUCGAGGCCUGCUGCAGCGACCGCAUCCAGCCCUUUGACGAUGACGAGGACGAUGACGUCUGGGAGGACAAGGAGGCUCACUGUGCUGCCCGGGUCUUGGCCAGAGCCAGGUUCGGGGCCCCUCCCCCCUCGGAGAGCCGCCCGGAGAGCGGCCUGGCGCGUGGAGGCCAGGACGGGAAGGGAGCCCACAGGGAUGCAGCUCGGGCAGGGGCUCCUCCGGCGGCUGCCCAGAAGGACGGUCCCCGCGCGGAGGGCGGCUCGGAAGGCUCCGCGUGGACGGCGUUCGAUGAGCCGGCAAGUCCGACUGCCCCAGCCCCAGGAGCAGCGAUGGACGUGGGCUCGGGCGUGUGGGCGGCCGGUGCCCCAAGAGCUGCGGCUCUGGAGGAGCGAGGCUGGGCCAAGUUCGCCGACUUCCAGCCCUUCUGCUGCUCCGAGUCGGGGCCCCGGUGCAGCUCCCCCGUGGACACAGGACGUGGCGACGCCCAGGGUGGCAUGAGCCAGGGCCCGGAGAGGACCCCUGGCCCUGCCCCGCCAUGUGCCUGGAACGUGUGUGUCCCCAGGGACGCGCCCCUGGUGGCCUCCAACAGCAACGAGGACGAGCAGGAGGCGGCUGUGGCCUCCCAGGCCGUCAGUGUGGGUCCCGGCCGGGAGGUGCCCCCACCGCCCGCGUGGGCCCCCAGGGCCACCGGCAUGCUGCCAGGUCCCGCCUCCCCUGCGCCUGCUGAAGCCACCUCCACCCUGGCUGGGGAUGUCCCCCCCGAGACGGCCACCCCCCCAGGGCCCGUGGUGGCCGUCACCUCUGCAGCCACAGGCAGCCCAGCUGUCUCCACAGUGGCCGUUGUGGGGCCAGUGACAAAGGACAGGAAGGCAGACGCAGCGCCGCCCGCAGGAGCCGCCUCCAACGGCCCCGCGUGACGCUGCCGCCCGGCCACGGCGCCCUCAAUCGAAAAACUGCCUGGUGAUGCAAUCUUUUUUAAUUUAAUUUAAUUUUAAAAUAAAUGCUGCAUUGGUAAAGCUGGCAGCUGGACCUAGUUGGACGGCCCAGCUUGCGCCGCUCCUGCCUGAUCCCACGCACAGCAAUGAGGCUUCAGACGUGCGCUCUGCCCGCCGGGGCCGGGACCGAGGUGCCACGAGGACCGAGGGUGUGCUGGGCGCGGACGCCACGGGCCGCCAGCCGGUUUUUACUGACUUUUUAACCAGCGCAGAAAGAGCCGUGUUUGCACGUUGUACCCAGCUGCGGCGAAGGGCCUCCCCGUCUCGGGACGAAUGCUUGUCCAGAGCUGGGCCGGCCGCACGGGCUGUCAGCCGCCCUGUUGCCGUGGGAGCUGGCCUUUGAGCCAGGAUGCAAAAUUUGACUGCCUUAACAAACCUCUGGGCCUGGCAGGGGCGUCCGGCCCUGGCGCUCCGGUGCGCUGGGCGCCUGGCAGGAGCUGGCCGCGGGCGAGCCAGAGGGGCGGGGGCGGAGGCCGGCCCCAGCGGUGCUGGGCGGGGGCGGGGGCGGCGCCGGUCGGGGCUGGGCCACCGUCCCCGCGGCCCGCAGGGUUGUGUGAUGUUGCUCAUUUUUAAUGUUCUGAUGAUCUGACAGGGCACCCGAAACCCCAACUCCCAAUAAAGUUGUGUUA